AUGCGACUUCUUGCUAUCAUAUGUGAAAGAAUUUCUGAAAAAACUAUAAUAACUAAACAUGAUUGUUUAUUUUCCUCAUUUUUAACAGAUACGACUGCGCCGACCAAUACAUCAGAAUCUCUUGCUGGAUGGAAAAUUGCAUUGAUUAUUGUUGGAUCGAUUCUUGGUGUUCUAUUAUUAGGAGGAAUAAUUGGUCUGAUUUUAUGGAAAUGCAGUUCUAAGCCAAAAUAUCAAGCCGAAACUCCUCUGGAAUUUCGAUCACCUUCUAAUGACCAAACCAUCCGAAACUCAAUAUCGCAAACUAAAUAUACUGAUCUUCGGCAACGAUCAUCAUCACCAUUUACUCAUCGAAAACAAAAACAAUCCUCAAGUCAUGAUGAUACUAUUCGACCAACAAUACCACAAAUUACAUCAACAUCAUAUGACCUUUCCAAUGGUCAAGAAGCUCGACAAAAUCAACAACGAGUACAAUCAUCAAACUAUGAACAAUAUUCUUUUCCAUCAAUGUAUGAACCAACAUCGAUAUCACCUGAUGUCAUUUAUCAACAUCAGAUACCUCGUGGUCGACAAAGACCAUUACCACCUCGUAAAUGA